UAUAUAUAUAUAUCGGUGCCGGUGUGCAAGCGUUGUUCACAUAUUAUACAAAGUAGAACAUAAGAAAAUAAAAUCUAGAAUGGGUGAUAAACUGUUAGACACUACACAAAUUAUAAAUGGCUUGGCUGUGAUGAUAUCAUUUUUCGUCGGUUACAAAUAUGCCCUAAAACGUGGGGAAGCGUGCGCAAAAAUUGACGACACUCCAUCAACAGAGACGCAGGAGGGAGGCGCAGCUGCUGCAAUAGCUGACAAGACUUAUGGCGGCUUUAAUGACAACUAUAAAAUGGUACUGGUCGUGCGCAACGACCUAAAGAUGGGCAAGGGAAAGAUAGCCUCCCAGUGCUCCCAUGGAGCCGUUGGAGCAUACCAAAGGGCUACGACCCGUACGCCACGCCUGCUGCGUGCCUGGGAAAACUGUGGUUGUGCCAAGAUUGCAGUUCGCGUCGAGAGCGAAGCCGAACUGAUGGCCAUCAAGCGGGCCGCGGAGCAGAGGCAACUCAACACAUGCCUCAUACGCGAUGCUGGACGCACACAAAUCGAGCCCAAUUCAAAGACUGUGCUGGCCGUUGGUCCCGCUGCGGCAAUUGACAUCGAUCGGGUGACCGGCCAUUUGAAGCUUUUGUAAUUCAAUGCCCAAUGCUUUGCAAGCUGCCUUUGCGAGUGCAGACAGAAACAUAUGAAACCCCAAUUCUCGGAAAGCAAUAUAGGAGUAUGUGGUGUGCGCAACCACAACGACGACUGUGACAUGCAAGUUAAUUUAGGAUCCAUACCUUUAUUGCGUUUAUCUGUAAACUGAGCUAUUACAUAUUAAAUUCUUUAUGAAGCUUUUUUAAUUGA